AUGGGACCUCAUCCACUCUUCAGUAAUAAACCUGGACCCUCACACACAAAAGGUCAGGACCACAGACUGAGAGCAGAGUCUCCAGGGUCCAGAUGUCUGUCUCUGAAGAGUGACUGGUCCAUGAGACAGCCUCUACUCUUCAGUAAUGAACCUGGACCCUCACACACAGAGGAGAGGAAGAGGAGUCAUGUUUCUGAGGAGGAGCAGUCGUCCUGCUGUGCUUCGUGUCAGGACGUCCUGAAGGAUCCAGUCUCCACCAGCUGUGGACACUGGUUCUGCAGACAGUGCAUCACCUCAUACUGGGACCAGUCUGGUUCUUCAGGAGACUCCUCCUGUCCCCAGUGUGGACAAAGAUCCAGAACAGGAGCUGGAGCUCAGACAGCCGCAGAUCGUGGUCUGCAGGAGGUUUCAGAUGAACAUAAGCUCAGUGUGAGGAGGAGAUGUGAACAUGUGACUGAAGGAAGUGAUGAAACAGGAAGUAUAACCCUCCUCAACAGGAUAUACACUGAGCUCUACAUCACAGAGGGACAGAGUGAAGAGGUUAAUACUCAACAUGAGGUGAGGCAGCUUGAGACGGCUUCCAAGAUGAAGAUCCUCCACGACACUCCCAUCAAGGUCCACGACAUCUUUAAAGCCUCCACUGACCAGCAGAGCAGCAUCAGAGUCGUCCUGACCAACGGCGUCGCUGGCGUUGGAAAAACCUUCUCGGUGCAGAAGUUCACUCUGGACUGGGCAGAGGGUUUAGAGAACCAGGAUGUGGGUCUGCUGGCUGUGCUUUCGUUCAGGGAGCUGAACCUGGUGAAGGACCAGCAGCACAGUCUUCUCACGCUGCUCCAUGUUUUCCAUCCAGCGUUACAGAAGCUCACAGCAGAGACGCUCGCUGUCUGUAAACCUUUGUUCAUCUUUGACGGCCUGGAUGAAAGCAGACCUUCUCUGGACUUCAACCACAGGGAGCUUGUGUCUGAGGUCACACAGAGGUCAUCAGUCAACGUGCUGCUGACAAACCUCAUCCGGGGGAAUCUGCUUCCCUCGGCUCUCGUCUGGAUAACCUCCAGACCUGCGGCGGCCAAUCAGAUCCCUCCUGCAUGUGUUGACAGGGUCACAGAAGUACGAGGCUUCACUGACGCCCAGAAGGAGGAGUACUUCAGGAGGAGAUUCAGUGAUGAAGAGCUGUGCAGCAGAAUCAUCUCACACAUCAAGACGUCCAGGAGCCUUCACAUCAUGUGUCAAAUCCCAGUCUUCUGCUGGAUCAGUGCUACAGUUCUGGAGCACAUGUUGACCACAGACCAGAGAGGAGAGCUGCCCAAGACCCUGACUGACCUGUACUCACACUUCCUGCUGGUUCAGACAAAGAGGAAGAACAACAAGUACGGUGAGGGACAUGAGACGAGUCCACAGCAGCUGACGGAGGCUGACAGGGACGUUCUCCUGAAGCUGGGGAGGCUGGCGCUUAAACAUCUGGAGGAAGGAAACAUCAUGUUCUACCAAGAAGACCUGGAGCGGUGUGGUCUUAAUGUCACAGAGGCCUCGGUGUACUCAGGAGUUUGUACUGAGAUCUUCAGAAGAGAGUGUGUGAUCUUCAAGAAAUCAGUCUACUGCUUUGUUCAUCUGAGCGUUCAGGAGUUUCUGGCUGCAGUCUACAUGUUCCACUGUUACACCAAAAGGAACCGAAAAGAACUCAACAACUUCUUGGGAACAUAUGGGGACACAGACAGUACCUUCUCCCUGGAUGACCUCCUGAAGAGAACUAUAAAGAAAUCCCUCACCAGUACAAAUGGUCAUCUGGACCUGUUUGUUCGCUUCCUCCACGGCCUCAGUCUGGAGUCCAACCAGAGAGUCUUAAGAGGCCUGCUGGGUCGGACAGAGAACAAUCCAAAGAUCAUCCAGAGAGUCUUAGGAGGCCUGCUGGGUCGGACAGGGAACAAUCCAAAGAUCAUCCAGAGAGUCAUCAUCAACCUGAAGGAGAUGCAGAGUGAUGACAUUGCUCCUGACAGAAGCAUCAACAUCUUCCACUGUCUGACUGAGAUGAACGACCACUCAGUUCAUCAGCAGAUGAAACAGUUCCUGACGUCAGAGAACAGAUCAGAGGAGAAACUCUCUGAGAUCCACUGCUCAGCUCUGGCCUACAUGCUGCAGAUGUCAGAGGAGGUUCUGGAUGAGUUGGACCUGAAGAAGUUCAACACAUCAAACCAGGGUCGAUGGAGACUGAUCCCAGCUGUGAGGAACUGCAGGAAGGCCCGACUCGAUGGUUGUCGACUCUCAGAGACUCACUGUGAAGUCGUGGCCUCAGCUCUGAAGUCAGACCCCUCACAUCUGAGAGAACUGAAUCUGAGUAAGAACAAGCUGCUGGAUUCAGGAGUGAAGCUGCUGUGUUCUGGACUGGAGAGUCCAAACUGUCGACUGGAGGCUCUGAGGUUGAUGAACUGCAGUCUGUCAGAGAUCAGCUGUUCUUCUCUGGCUUCAGCUCUGAGGUCAAACCCCUCUUAUCUGAGACAACUGGAUCUGAGCUACAACAACCUGAAGGACUCAGCAGUGAAGGAGCUGUGUGGUUUUCUACAGAGUCCAACCUGUCGACUGGAGACUAUGUGGUUGUGGAACUGCAGACUGUCAGAGAUCAGCUGUUCUUCUCUGGCUUCAGCUCUGAGGUCAAACCCCUCUCAUCUGAGAAAACUGGGUCUGGAUAACAACGACCUGCAGGACUCAGGAGUGAAGGAGCUGUGUGGUUUUCUACAGAGUCCAACUUGUCGACUGAAGACUCUGUGGUUGGAGAGCUGCAGUCUGUCAGAGAUCAGCUGUUCUUCUCUGGCUUCAGCUCUGAGGUCAAAACCCUCUCAUCUGAGAGAACUGGAUCUGAGUAACAACGACCUGCAGGACUCAGGAGUGAAGGAGCUGUGGGGUUUUCUACAGAGUCCAACCUGUCGACUGGAGACUCUGAGGUUGAAGAACUGCAGUCUGUCAGAGAUCAGCUGUUCUUCUCUGGCUUCAGCUCUGAGGUCAAACCCCUCUCAUCUGAGAGAACUGGAUAUGAGCUACAACAACCUGAAGGACUCAGGAGUGAAGGAGCUGUGUGGUUUUCUACAGAGUCCAACCUGUCGACUGGAGACACUGUGGUUGUGUAGCUGCAGUCUGUCAGAGAUCAGCUGUUCUUCUCUGGCUUCAGCUCUGAGGUCAAACGCCUCUCAUCUGAGAAAACUGGGUCUGGAUAACAACGACCUGCAGGACUCAGGAGUGAAGGAGCUGUGUGGUUUUCUACAGAGUUCAACCUGUCGACUGAAGACUCUGUGGUUGGAGGGCUGCCGUCUGUCAGAGAUCAGCUGUUCUUCUCUGGCUUCAGCUCUGAGGUCAAACCCCUCUCAUCUGAGAGAACUGGAUCUGAGUAGAAACAACGACUUGCAGGACUCAGGAGUGAAGGAGCUGUGUGGUUUUCUACAGAGUCCAACCUGUCGACUGGAGACUCUGAGGUUGAAGAGAUGCAGUCUGUCAGAGAUCAGCUGUUCUUCUCUGGCUUCAGCUCUGAGGUCAAACCCCUCUCAUCUGAGAGAACUGGAUCUGAGAGGAAACGACCUGCAGGACUCAGGAGUGAAGGAGCUGCUUGAUCUACAGCAGAGUCCAAACUGUCGACUGGAGACUCUGAGGUGGGAGGAGUGAUCUUAGUGGAGCUGAGUGUGAAGAGGACAGUGUGUGUGGACGGAGGCUGAGCUGUGUCCUGAGGAUCCAGAGGCUGAAGCAGCAGCAGCUUGUGUGUAGAGCGGCUCUGACUGGGCCUUGUUGCUGGGAGGCAGAGUGGAGACAGAGCUCCAGAGGAAUCAGAGGAGGUGGUUGUAAUAUGUAACUUCACCACUAGAUGGCCCUCCACACCGAUUUGGUUUAUUCACAUGAAGAAUGUGUUUAUUGACAUGACACAACACAAGCAGAAUAUAUAACCCCUCUAUAAAGAGUCACAUAUAUGUGUUUAAGUUUCCUUUAUUCUGUUCCACCUUUGUCCCUCAGUCUGUUUCCAUGUGUGUAGAACCACAUUCUGUUUGUUUAUGAUCUUAAAGUUCCUGGAUUCACGUCACAAAUUGAUUUAGUUCAACACAAAGUUCAACACAAUCAAACCACUUUGAGUUUAAAAUCAGAGUUUUGUCUUUGACACAAAAGAUCAAAACUCUGGACUUAAAAAUGGGACGUUUUCAUUUCUGCAUCAGGUGCAGAGCGGUGGUGGCUUUUCUACUUUUGACCCACAGGUGGCGCUGCAGUAUAACAGCAGCACAUCCCAGUCAAAGCCUUUAUAUUCAGUCUAUGAGUCAAACACAUGGAUCAUUUCCUCUGUGACAAACCAGAUGUAACGAGAAGAAAAACAUCUCAGAGAGAAAAGUUCUGUUUCUACUUGUCUCUGCUUUAAUGCUCAAUAAACAUCCUUCCACCGAC